AAUACAGGACCCCUUCGGGAAAGAAAGUCACCAGUCACCAAUGGGCUGUGUAUGACUACAUUCUACAAAUUCCCGAGGGAAAAGUCACCACCUACAAGCAAAUAUGCCUAGCCAUCGGACAAGGAAGCCCGCGAACAGUUGGUAGCGCCUUGAGAAACAAUCCAUUUGCACCAUAUGUACCCUGUCAUCGGGUCAUUGCGUCGUCUCUAUUCAUAGGCGGCUUCUUCGGAGAAUGGGGUACCAUCCGCAGGAUCAACCAGCCGGCGGGCCGCCCCGUGGUUCUCGACAAGUCAGAGUUCCAGUGUGAGCGGAAGCUCGAGCUGCUCAGGAAAGAAGGAGUUUGCUUCACUUCUGAUGGCUAUCUUGAAGAUAAACUUGGAUCCCUCUGGAAAUAG